AUGUUGGGUUUCGACCAUCCCGAAUCACUGCAGUUUGAGAUGCAGCUCACCUGGGUGGAAGACACCUGGACCAUCGACCAGUUGCACGACCACCUCCUGUCGGAGGUUCGCCGCAUCGAUGCUGAGUACAGGCGGAAGCCUUUGCAGGGCAACUAUUCGCAGAAGUAUGUGUGGUUCGAUCGGUUUCUUUUGAGACCUCGGGUGCAGGGCAGAGAGCUGACGCUACAAGAUUAUGGGAUUGAGCCAGGCUUUCGGGUGAAGAUCAGCCCGUUCUACCAAUCUGAAAUGGUUUGGGGACAGCCAUGGCCCUUCGACUUCCGCAAAGAGCGUCCAAAGGAUCAGGUGCUCCCUGCAGAGGAUCCAGAUUUGUUACUUCGCUUAGACAAAGGUGGCGCUGGUCUUUCGACUCGCGUGAUCUUCUUCCCAUGGCUCGGCGGAAGCAGUUCUGCGUACAUUCCGGUCGUGCAGAAGAUGCCCAAGGAUGUUGCUUGCUAUGCACUGGACAUGCCUGGACGGGGACAGCGAGAGGAUGCCGAUGGCUACCCGAGCGGCCUCUUUGCCGUCAAAGUCAUCGCCAUGACUUUGGCCAAGGAGCUGCGCCGUGGCUCGAACUACGUCUUUGCCCACUCGCAGGGAUCCCAUUUCGCCUACUACGUGGUGAAGCUCUUGCGAAGCAAUUACAAUGUGGACGUGAAGGCCCUCUUCGUGAGCAACUUUGCAGUGCCCAGCUCGAUGGCUCCCUUGGAGCUCGACACGUUGAAGAAGAGGCAGGCGCUGUGCGUGCCGCUGAGGAUCUUCACCCAUCUGGUCAAGGGAGGCUGGGGCUGUGACCCCAAGCUUGCCUAUAAGAGCCACAUGGGAUACCAGGCAUAUCAGAGCCAAGAGCUUUGGCCAGUGGCGCGUCUUUCUGGCGCCAUGGAAGCUGGUGAAGUUGCCAGCAACUUCCAGAAAUGGUGUCAUGAACAGGGCUGUCAGAUGGAAAAGAUCAAAGUGACAAAGACAUGCCGUGGCUUUGGCUUGGAGACCACAGCUGCACUGAAGGCAGGUGAAGUCGCCUUGUCCAUUCCACUUGAUCUAUGUCUGACGCUGGCAGCAUCCGCUCGAUCUCGGAUUGGGCAACACCUUUUGGCCAGCGACACAGUCCGCGGGCAGCGCAUCAGUGCCCAGGCUUUGAUGUAUGUAGUGAUGAUUGAUGGAUGGCACGAUCCUUCCAGCAAAUGGCACGCCUAUUUGCGUCAAAUCCCUUCAAGACAUGGCGAUCCCCUUUGGUGGACCAUGCCGCAGCGCGAAGAGAGACUUGCUGGAACCCAACUGCUUUAUGAAGUUCAAAGACAUGAACGCCAGCUCGAAGCGGUCUAUGCUUCACUUUUCCCUGCCCUAUCACAGGAGCAGCCGGAGAUCUUCCCGAAAGAACGUUUCACUUGGAAGGCCUUCUGCUGGGCACGCUCCUCCCUCUCUUCUCGUUGCUUCGCACUAGAGCACUUGGAGAAGUUCAUGAGCCAAUCAGAACAAAAGGAGCAUCAAGCAUCUGCUGAACUUAAUUCACAGCUUGAACCAAACGAGGCACGAAUUGUGGAAUGUGUGCAACCAAAUUUGUAUUUGUCCCCGCAUGAACAGGAGAGACUUGCGCUUGACUUUCCCGGAGUCCUGUGUCCCCUUCUAGAUACUGCAAAUCAUGAUCCAUCAGUUCUUGUCGAUGUUGGACUUUGCAAUUCAAAGGGUGAGUUGCACUUGGGUGUGUCCCAAAGAAGCGCAGUUGAUGCUGGGCAAGAGUAUUUUAUCAACUACGGCAACCACCGCAGCAAUCUCCAGUUGUUGCUUGGGCAUGGCUUUUGUGUGCCAGAGAACCCUCAAGACACGCUACCACUGAAGCUGGGGCAACAACCGACUGUGCAUGAAUCCAAGAUUAGACAGGAGGCGCACAAGAUGGCUGGCUUGGAUCUCGAUCAAGUCUUUGAGCUGUCAGUGAAAACACCAAUGCCAGAGCCGCUGUUGGCCACCAUCCGCUUAGUGGUACUACCCAUCAACAAGAUCUACAAGAUGAUGCAGUCGGGAGAUCUGCGGGAACAGCUGUUGCGUCCGAUUGAGUGCCAGCUGGAUCCUCAUGCUGAGGUCGAAACCUUUUGUGUUUUGAGACGAGAGUUGCUGAAGAAACAGCGAGCGUUGCCGGCCAACACCAGCAGCUGGCAGGGGUCACUUCCCAGCUGUCCGGGCUUUGAUGAUUGGUGCGAGUACUACGCAUCCUUGUACCGCGUUGGUCAACAAGACAUUAUUCGAGCUGCCUUGUGUGAUGCUUUUGUUCGAGAGCAAGCCGCCAUGGAUAAACGCGAGGCGUAUAUUCUGCAAGAGGAGGAAGAGGAAGAGGAGCAGGUGGACGACGAUGAGGUGCUUGAAGACAAAGAGCUUCCAGCCAAGAAGCCAAGAGCUUCAUGA